AUUUGUGAGCCGGGCAAUAGCGGAACGCAGUCGUACUGGACUGGAAUAGGCACAGAGAGAAGAUCCGAUUCCAAUCUCAACCGAACAAACUAGAAAUUAGGGUUCAUAUCUCAUUUCCUCUGAUUUCAUCUCAGAUUUCGCCUUCGUUCGUAUCGAAGAAGAAGAAGAUGGGGAAACAGAUUGUGCCGGUGAAAUCAGUGAUCUACGCGCUCUCCCCUUUCCAGCAGAAGAUAAUGCCGGGUCUCUGGAAGGACUUGCCCACAAAGAUUCACCACAAGGUCUCCGAGAAUUGGAUCAGCGCCACUCUCUUGCUUGGUCCCCUCGUCGGAACCUACACGUAUGUUCAGAACUACCUGGAAAAGGAGAAGCUGUCUCACAGGUACUGAACUCAUGCAAGAGCUGAUUGGAUAACCUUCUAGUUUGUUGCCUUGAUCUUGUUUAGCCACCCAAUAAUGUGACACUGUUGAAACUUGCUCUACCGUUUGGUUUUGAGAUGUCUGAGUUUGAGCUUUUUAAACUUCGACAGUGUUUAUUGAUGGUCUAUUUCAUUAAUCCAUAUUACUUUGAUAGACAAAUUUAUGUGUUGUCAGUAAUGCCAGGGUUAGUUUUGCAUGUUAAACUCUAGAAUGGUUGAGUUACUUUUAUCAUUUUUUAAUUCAAAACAAGCAUUCUUAA